AUGCCCUGGCUGCGGUCGGGCAGCCAGCAGUGUCUGUGCCAGGCUGCCAUGAGGCAGGGGGAUGAGGUGGUACUGAAGCCCAAAUUCCCCGGGCAUCUCCGCGGAUACAGCAGGACUCCUCAUCCGCCUGUCAUCGCAGGGUCUCAGCCCAGAGCUCGGAGGGCGGCGGGACCACGGUUCCUUCCCUACAGGCUCCCGCGAGGACUCUGCGAGAAUAGGCGCGGCCGGCCAGACCGGACCUCCCAGCCCCGCCCCCCGGCUCCAUUUGGGAGAGGACCCUCUCCUCUAUGGCACUCACUGAGGCGCUCUAGCGUCCGGGCGUGUUCUCUAUGGCUUCUUCCGGCCUGGGCCGGAAGUGACGCAGCCGUGCCCCGGAAGCACCCCGGGACAGGCUGCGGAAGCGGCGGCACGAUGGCGGCGGCAGCGGCUGUCUCUGAGGCCUGGCCCGAGCUGGAGCUGGCGGAGCGAGAGCGGCGGCGGGAGCUGAUGCUGACGGGGCCCGGGCUGGAGGAGCGGGUGCGGGCGGCGGGCGGGCGGCUGCCGCCGCGGCUCUUCACCCUGCCGCUGCUGCACUACCUGGAGGUGAGCGGCUGCGGGAGCCUGCGCGAGCCGGGGCCGGGCCUGGCGCAGGGCCUCCCGCAGCUGCACAGCCUGGUGCUGCGCCGCAACGCGCUGGGGCCCGGCCUGAGCCCCGAGCUCGGCCCGCUGCCCGCGCUGCGCGUGCUCGACCUGUCGGGCAACGCGCUGGAGGCGCUGCCGCCGGGCCAGGGCCUGGGCCCCGCCGACCCGCCGGGCCUCCCACAGCUGCAGAGCCUCAACCUCAGCGGCAACCGGCUGCGCGAGCUGCCCGCCGACCUGGCGCGCUGCGCCCCGCGCCUGCAGAGCCUCAACCUCACCGGCAACCGCCUGGACUCCUUCCCCGCCGCGCUCUUCCGCCCCGGCGCGCUGCCCCUGCUCAGCGAACUGGCGGCCGCCGACAACUGCCUCCGAGAGCUCAGCCCCGACAUCGCCCACCUGGCCUCGCUCAAGAUGCUGGACCUCUCCAACAACCAGCUCAGUGAGAUCCCGGCGGAGCUAGCCGACUGCCCCAAGCUCAAGGAGAUCAACUUCCGGGGCAACAAGCUGAAGGACAGGCGCCUGGAGAAGAUGGUCAGCGGCUGCCAGACCAGGUCGAUCCUGGAGUACCUGCGCGUCGGAGGCCGGGGCAGCGGGCGGGGCAAGGGCAAGGCCGAGGGCCCCGAGAAGGAAGAGGGCCGGAGGAAGAGGAGGGAGAGGAAGAAGAAGGAGAGUGGUGAGGGCGAGGAGGAGGAGGUGGACCACGCCAGCAGGCUGCUGCUCAGGGUCCUGCACAUCUCGGAGAGCCCUGCCCCGCUGAUGGUCAGGGUGAGCCCCGAGGUCAGGGACGUCCGGCCAUUCAUUGUGGGCGCCGUCGUGAGGGGCAUGGACCUGCAGGCCGGCAACGCGCUCAAGCGGUUCCUCACCUCCCAGACAAAGCUCCACGAGGACCUUUGUGAGAAGAGAACAGUGGCCACCAUCGCAACCCACGACCUCAGAGCUGUCCGAGGGCCUCUGCUGUACGCUGCUCGCCCGCCGAAGGACCUCAAGAUCGUCCCCCUGGGGCGGAGAGAAAUCAAGGCCGAGGACCUGGUGCGGCAGUUGCAGCAGGAGGCCGAGGAGCACAGGAAGCAGAAGAAGAGGCAGAACGUCUCGGGCCUGCACAGAUAUCUUCACCUACUGGAUGGAAAAGAAAACUACCCUUGCCUUGUGGAUGCAGAUGGUGACGUGAUUUCUUUCCCACCGAUAACCAACAGUGAGAAGACGAAGGUUAAGAAAACAACCUCUGAUUUGUUUCUGGAAGUAACAAGUGCUACUAGUCUGCAGAUAUGCAAAGAUAUCAUGGAUGCCCUCGUUCUGAAAAUGGCAGAAAUCAACAAAUACACUUUGGAAAAUAAGGAGGAAGGCUCACUCUCAGACACUGAAGCUGAUGCAAUUUCGGGACAACCUGCAGCUCCCAGAACGAAUCCCUGUGCUGAGAAUGACGGGCCCUCCCCGCUGGUGGUGGAGCAGGUCCGCGUGGUGGACGAGGAGGGGCACCUGAAGGUGGUGUACCCGUCCAAGACGGACCUGGACACGGCGGCGGCUUCCCACGUGACCGUGAUCCGCUGAGAAGCCGGGCUGUGGCUCCGUGCCAGCCAGCUCCCAGUCAUACAUGGUGUCAGCUUUGUCUUUCUAUGGGGUUUAUAUGUGGUGGUGUUAAAUUAUUUGUUACAUUUUCACCUCAAUAUUUUUUAAGAUAGCUGCAUUCUUUGUUCAGUUUUCCAGACGAUUCCGUCGUAAAGGGUGCCAUGUUGUCAUGUGCUUAAAUUGAUUUGCCUUUAUAGCACCAAACUGAUUUUACUAAUGCUUUUUAUGAAAUUACUUGAAUAUCAGAAUUGACUGUUCAAAAUGUUCUCAAAUCAUGUAGACACACAGCAAAUAACUCAAUUCAUGGGGGGAAAAAAGACACUAUAAUUGGUUUGAAUAUUCAGUUCUAAAUUGAGAAGCUGAACGACAUGCAUUUUAUUGAACUGCACAGUUAUUUUUCUAUGAUACAGCAUCUUUUAAAAUCAUCCUGUGCCAACAGCACAGCUUACAGAUGUGGACUGACAUCGUAUUGUCCAGCCUGUAGCACAUCAUAAUCUUUUUAUUAAAAAGACUUUUUUAAUGUGACUUUAGAAUGGGCAAGAUCAUUUUUCUGAAUGUUGCUGUUGGAAGCUUUAGGGGCAUGGAGAUGCAGCAUCCUCUAGCAAGCAGCCCCACAGUGUGGCUUGCCGUGCCCGCCGAGAAAGGAGGAGGAGCUGUGGGCUGUAGUUACUGUAAAUUAGCACCGAAGGGGCGAGCAGACGGCAGAGCCUGUGUCUCGAGGUAAAUGUGCAGCUUUCCCCUGCAGAGUAGGUUUACGUGACCGGACAGGAUGGUUCUGUGUGUAAGCUGUCAGCCGGCUGGCUGAAGGAUAGAUGGUGGCGGUGACUGGAGAGGGCGUGAGGGUGUGCAGCCAAAAAUGGAAAUGUGCGCCAGAGGAACGGUUCUUCAGCAUUUUCCCGUUUUGAACGUCUCAGGCUGCAGGCCGCCACGUCUGUGUGUGCACUUGUUUGCGUGCGGAGCACGCUCCCCUCCCCGAGCAGGUGGUGUGUGCCGACCUCGCUGCUUGACCGGCUGGCUGGACUAGGAGAGCUGACUUAGCAGCUUGUUGUGUGAUGACACUGUUUGUUGGAUGGUCUUUGACCUGCAAAGGACCAUUUGUGAGUUUUAUAGAAACGAUAGACGAUAUUUCGGGAGCAUUCACAAGAGCCCUGCUGACCCCAUGCGUUUAGCUGUCAGAACCAGACACGUGUGAGGCCCAAGACCCCACAUGGUGGGCAUACCAGCAGAGCCCCAUGGUUCUCCCAGAGCUGGGCCAAUCCUCUUUGUAGGACACAAGCGGGGCUGCCUUGAGACCCUGACCUGGCUCUCAGGCCACCACCAAGCCUUCCCAUCAGCGCCUGGAGGUGGCAGUUGCUCAGAUGGGCUGGAGUGGGCGUUCCCAAUGACAGCUUUUCCUUCUGUUUCGUUUCCCCCCAAAACCUACCAAAUAUCUGUGUAUUGAUGGCUCUGCCUUGUCAUUUCAUGACCUGUGGGCAGUCGAGGCUGCUGAUGCUAUGGCUGGUGUGAGGUGUCCCUGGGCUUGUGGGUCACAGCCGAGCCCUGCUAGGAGCUCCCAGCUGGGGGCCGCAGCCCAGCUACCCUCUUGGCUCCCAAGACUAAGGGUUCAUUGGCCAUGUUGUGUCACAUCUGUGACCUCAUGUUGAUGAAGCCACCAGCAUCUGCUGUUCUCUUUUGUGAUGCAGCUUGAUUCUGUGUGAGAUUUGGAAAUGUAUUUCACUUACAGAAAACCUUUUUGACGUUCUUUUUCUUUGCCAGUCUGACCCUCUAAUAAAAACUAUGUUAUAAGAACA